AACACACAAACCAACCCAGGCCUCAUACACGCCAAGGUCAUCAAAACAGCCACCACAGACCAUUCUCUCCACAACACCCUCAUCACCCUCUACGCCAAAUCAAACCUCCUCUCCGACGCCCUCAAUCUCUUCCGCACAAUCCCAUCUCCCAAUGUUGUCUCGUGGACUGCCCUCAUCUCCGCAUACUCCAACUCCCAACUCUCGCUCCUCCAUUUUGUUUCUAUGCUCCGCCACCCAACUCUUCCCAACCAACGUACCUUAGCUUCCCUCCUCAAGACUUGCGCUUCUUUACCCUCUCUCUGCUUUGGCCUCCAACUCCAUUCUUUGUCAAUCAAGCUUUCUCUAUCAGCUCAACCCAUUACUGCCUCUGCUCUAGUGAGUUUCUAUUGUCAAACUCAUUUUCCAUAUGAAGGAUGUAAAGUGCUUGAUGAAAUGUCUGAAAGAGAUGAGGUUUGUUAUUCGACGGUAAUUGGAGGUCUAGCUCAAAAUGCGAAACCCAUUGAGGCGUUGGAGUAUUUUGCGAAUAUGAGGAGGUGUGAUCUCCAGUCGAAUAUGUAUAGUGUGUCAGGCGCGUUAAGUGCAGUGUCAGAGCUUGCGGCUUUGGAACAAUGUAGGAUAAUUCAUGAGCAUGCUGUGGUUGUAGGGUUGGAUUUGAAUGUGAUUGUGGGGAGUGCGUUGGUUGAUGGGUAUGGCAAGUGUGGGCUUGUGGUGGAGGCUAGAAGGGUGUUUGAUGAAUUAAUGCCUUGGUUGAAUUUAAUUGGGUGGAAUUCAAUGAUGGCAGGGUACGCACAGCAAGGAGAUAAGAGUGCGGUUAUAGAGCUUUUUGGAUUAAUGGAGGGUCGAGGGCUUGUACCAGAUAAAUAUAGCUUUUUAGCUGUUUUGACUGUGUUUUACAAUGCAGGUUUGGCUGAGGAGGUUGAGAGAGUUGGGAGGUUGGUGGAUGCAGAGAAGAUUGCUUUGGCAAUGCCUUUUGAGCCUGAUGCAGCAGUGUGGCGGGUGUUGUUGUCAACUUGUGCAUACCAUGCUUAUGUGAUUGUUGCGAAUGUGUUUGCGGCUGUGGGUAGGAUGGACGAGGUCAAGGAAGUGAGGAAGUUGAUGAAAGACAGGAAGGUGAGGAAGGAAGGUGGGCGUAGUUGGAUUGAAGUGCAUGGACAGGUCCACAUCUUUUUGGCAGGGGAUCGGACUCAUGGCAGGACGGAUGAAAUUUAUACCAAGUUAGCCGAGUUAAUGGAGGAGAUUGAGAAACUAGGGUAUGUGCCAGUUUGGGAUGAGAUUUUGCAUGAGGUGAAGGAACCCGAGAAGAGGGAAGCACUUUGGUAUCACAGCGAGAAGUUGGCACUGACAUAUGGGGUGUUGAGCGGGGCAGCACCACCAGGGAAGGCUUUGAGGAUAGUGAAGAAUUUGAGGAUUUGUAGGGACUGUCACGAGGCUUUCAAGUAUUUUAGCAGGGUGGCGGAAAGGGAGAUUCUUGUGAGGGAUGUUAACAGAUACCAUAGAUUCUUGGAUGGUAGUUGUACCUGUGGAGAUUAUUGGUAG